AUGCUGGAUGCUCUGGUCAUCAAGGCGCUGCGUGCGAUUUUGCCGCUGGCCACCGCCGUGAUCACACCCACGCAACCGCCUGCGCCUAAACCGGAUGUCACCACCUACAUCCCCUCGCCGUUUGUGCCGGGCAAGAUUCCGACCAAGCAGCACCGACGUCGGCUCAAGGCGGAUAUCUACGAGCCGCCCGGUGCGCCCGACGACGUGGCGCUGCCGGUCGUCAUCAAUCUGCACGGCUCCGGCUUCUGCUUCCAUACCCAUGGCGACGAUUCGCGCUUCUGUGCCCAUGCCGCUAGCACGCUUCCCGCCGUCGUCAUCGAUGUCGACUACUCGCAUGCGCCCGAGCAUCCGUGGCCGGCCGCGAUCGAAGACGUCGACUCGGCCGUCCUCUUUGUCAAGCACUUUGCGCGCGAGAACCGCAAGCAGCGCCGGCGACACGGUGCUAUCGGCGCGACCGGACGCAAGGAGUGGCUGUGGGACUCGGACCGCAUCGCCCUCGUUGGCUUCAGCUCAGGCGGCAACUUGGCGCUCAUUGGUUCCACGCGCGCCGAGGCUCACGGUGGUGUCCAGGCCUCGGUAGCUUUCUAUCCCUCGACCAACCUUGACGAGGAUCCGUACGACAAGCCGCAGCUCUCGCCGAUCAAGGGCGCAGCGGGCGGGACAAUGCCGCCGUGGUUGCGGAAGAUGCUCUACACUUGCUACGUACCGAUUGAAACAGUCAAGGAUCGAAAGCAACCGCUCAUCUCGCCACUCUUUGCUGAUCCAGCUUCGUUUCCGCCAUCAGUCACCAUCCUGACCGCCGAGCAAGACUCGCUUGCGCGCGAGGGAACGCGCCUCGCAGACCGCCUGGAAGCGAGCGCUGCCUACAAGGGCUCCGUCGUCCACUGGCAGGCGGAAGGCCAGGGUCACAACUGGGACAAGAUGACCCAACAAGGUUCUGCAGCCGCUCAACUUAAAGACGAAGCUUAUGCGCUGGCGGUCCGUCGCAUCCGCGAUGCCUUUGCUUCCGUUGCCAUCGGCUACGACGAUGUCCGCGAACAAGAGGAGGACGAGGACGAGGAUGAUGCAGAUGACGCACAGGACGAGAGUCAAGACGUCCCUCCAGGUGCACGUAGCCCCUCACAACUCGGACGCCGCUCCGAUGCGGCCGACUCACGUCCACCGUCACACUCGCGAUCCAGCCUCAACACUUCAACGACCGUCGCCGGCCGCGACUCGCUCUCCCGCCCUGCCACUCUCAAGAGCCCAAAGCUCUAA